AUGCCAUCCAUGAAACGUGUGCAAGCGUUUCAUGCCCGAAACUGCGGCAAGUAUACGAUGGGCGGGUCCAUCUCGAUGCUUCGCGCGGAGAUCAAGGCCCAUGUAAAGAUCGCGCACGACUACCCCAACCUUCUCGAGCCUCAUCUGGCAGUCGUACGCUUCUUGCUCGAGCUGUGCGAAGAGGGCGAAGGGAUCGCGGCAAAAGAUCGCGACAACCCCGACGUCCUGGACCGCCUCAAGCAAGUCGAGUUCGACGUGUCGACGGAAGUGGAGCUCGUCGCCGAGAACGAAGACGCGAUCUCGAUCCUCUUGACGUCCGUCGAGACGUACUCGUCCAUGAUCCCAGCGCCUGAACGCGAUACCAAGAAACGAUGGUUGGGGCGCUGUCGCGCGCCAGAACCGUUCCCCGACUUGUACGACCCCGUCGAAGCCGUCGACUUGGACCGUUCUCGCGUCUCCCUCGUGCGGAUGGCACUUCGUUGCCUUCGCAUGAUCACUGUCAUUCACGACGUCAAGCUGUUUGUGAUGGACACCCCCGCCAUCGCGGCGCUCAACCGCGUCGUCGACGCGAAUCCACUCGACACGUUCAUUCGGAAAGACGUCAACGCCAUCUUCAAAAGUAAUCGUUGGUUUGCCACUUACGUCGAAUGGUCCGUAACGAGUGUAGAUGUGUACGGCGGCGACGAAUCCGUCAAGCGUCUGGAGAACGCGUCCGUCGCGAUCGCGGUCGAAGUCAUGACCGACUUUGCCGAGUCGGACGUGGUCCAACUGGCCGCCAUCAAAAGACUCUCGUGGUUGGUUGGGGAGUACGCAGAUAUGGCCAAGUGCAAAGCGGACGUGCUCGCGUUCGACGUCAUUCCGGCUGUCGGCGCCGCGCUCUCGACGUUUCCCGAGACGCACUAUGACGUGUAUGCACAUGCAUGCCGAUUCUUCACGGUGCUGGUCCCGCCCAAGGUGUUAAAACACAACGACGAACAUGGCGUUCCUCAUGACGAGACGCUUGCCAAGGUCAUUGGGCAACACGGCGGGGUCGAAGCCGCGAUCAAACUGCUCAAGACGUGCCGCGGGUUUUACACAACGUCGCCGAACCUCACGUCGGCGGAAGAGGACGUAAUCCCGCCCUCUUCUGUCAGACAGCCACGUCAUCGAUGGUGCGUAGAUGCUGCGACCGAAGCAAGGCACGAAAUUGCAGCCAGCCCCCACGCCGAGUGCCAAAGUCACGCCGAUUGCAGUCGAGUCGACCCGGGACAUCUUGAGUGAUGCUUAUGCGGGAGUUCCAGGAAACCAGACCGACGACCAGCCGAGUGCCGACGUCGACGCGAGAAAGGUGCGGAAGACUUUGGGGUGCCGCCUGGAUGACAUCGGUAGGCGCCGAAGCUGACCGACUGGACGAAACCCGACCUGGCGCAGCAAGCGCUGUGGGCACUGGACGUUCUCAGCAUUACAGAAUUCAAUCGUGUGGCCAUGAAGCGAGAAAAACUCAAGUUUGUCCUGUCCGAAGUCACUCUUGGGUCCAGCCUGAUCGUGCCACGACGACUGCGGCUACUCAACUGGAAACACAUUGGCCGCGACGACGAUGGCGACGACUUUAGCUGACUGCGCGACGCGCAGCAUGCGCUUGCCUGACAACGCACGCGAGGACGGGGCCGCCAGAAGCACAUGUCAACGACAUGGGACCACCAGCGAGGAUGCAUCGCAUCGUCCGACCGCGCCUGCAACGAUAAGAGCCCAUGUUUCAUUCGUUAUAUCACUUUGUGGCUACGAUGUCUCGCUCUUUUGACAAA